UUUUAAAAUAUUUUUCUUCUAAAUUCUUCCUCUACUUCCUGUAUUUAUAGGGCUGGAUUUUCAAAUGUGGUCGAACCAAACUUUUGGUAACCAGGAAUACCAAGAAGAAGAACCAUAGCAUAGAACAUAGCCUUCAAUUCAAUGGAUUCUUCUUCCUUCUAUCAUCAAUACCAAAGUUCAGAAUUCUCACCUGAAUCCUCAUCGUUCGGUUCAUCGGAGUAUUUCUCGUCCUGGGACGAGCCUCUUUUCCACCACAAUUCACUUCCAUUCAACAUAAAUGACUCGGACGAGAUGAUACUAUUCGAUAUGCUAGCCGAGGGAGCUAGAGACUCGUCGGAGACAGCGUCAUCCGUCGGAGGAGCAGCCAAGGAGGAGGAGGUGACUUCCAAUGCUAAAGAGCCCACACCUAACAAGAAGGAGAAAGAGAAGACGUAUAGGGGUGUCAGGAAGCGGCCAUGGGGGAAGUUCGCGGCGGAGAUAAGGGACUCCACCAGGCAUGGGGUAAGGGUGUGGCUUGGUACAUUUGAUAGUGCCGAGGCUGCGGCUUUAGCAUAUGAUCAAGCAGCAUUUUCCAUGAGGGGGACCAUGGCGGUCCUCAAUUUCCCGGUGGAGCGCGUGGUGGAGUCCCUAAGGGACAUCAAGUACGCCUGCGAGGACGGCGGCUCCCCGGUGGUGGCGCUCAAGAGGAGGCACUCUAUGAGAAGAAAAUCAACUGGUCGGAAAAAUAAAAGCAAGGAGGUAAAGGCACAGAAUGUUGUGGUAUUAGAGAAUUUAGGAGCUGAUUAUUUGGAGCAACUCUUGUGUUCAUCAGAGAACCAUUGAUUCUUCUGGGUCAAUCAUGAAGAUUUCCAUAUUUCCUAAAUUUUUAUAUCUUCUUUCUUUUCUUGGUUCAAUUUUUCUUCUUCUGUGUUUAUGAUAAUCCUCUAGAGUUAAAAGCAUCCCUCUUCUGUUGAGAUGUAAUGAUGGGGUUAGAUCCAUUUCCGAAUUCUUCUUAUUGCUCCCUUAUGCUUUUUUUUUUUUUUUGUCUUUUGUAAAGUCUGAAAAGGAUGGGGACACAAAAGUAUCCUCAUCGAUUCCUGCGGUGUAAAAUAUUUUCAUGGAAUUAGUCGUUUUCUUUUAA